CGGUGAACUCUAGGAUUGUUUAGUAAAAAUGAUUGAAACAAAAAAAAAACAUUUGAUUUACGUUUAAGUUAUUUAUAAAUUAUAAUUCAAUUAAAUAAUUGAUUUCAUUGACUGACACAAUGACUGAUGAAGAAAAAAAUGAAAUACAGUGGACACCAUUGGAGUCCAAUCCGGACGCUAUGAACAAGUUUUUAUGGACUAUUGGUGUCCCUAAAGACUGGUCUGUUGUCGAUGUUUACGGUUUAGAUGAAGAGUUGUUAGAAUUCAUUGGCGGACCAGUUGUGGCACUGAUCCUAUUAUAUCCGGAAACAGUUCACAAACACGUACUAAGUAUAAUCCAAGACACCAUCGAUAACACCAUGGAUGACGACAAUCGGCAAAAUGUCUUUUUCAUGAAACAAACCAUUCGUCAUGUCUGCGGAACCGUUGCUCUAAUUCAUUCAGUGGCCAACAAUUGUCAUCGAAUUGUUCUUCAAGAGAAUUCAAGUCUUAAGAAUUAUAUCGAUAAGUGUCGACAGUUGUCGACGCCUGAAGAAAGAGGUCGGCUAUUGGAGGUUAGCAAAGAUAUCUGUAGUGCUCAUCACGAGUGCGCCAGCGAUGGUCAGUCAACUAUACCGGCUGCCGAUGACAAUGUUAGCGGACAUUUCGUAGCAUUGGUUCACAAUAACGGCUAUCUGUAUCAUUUGGAUGGCAGUCAACCAAAACCGGUAAAACACUGUCAGACUAGCGAUGAAAACUUUCUGUUAGAUGCCGUCCGAUUGAUACGACAAUUGGUGGCCAAAGAUCCGACUGAUUUGAAUUUCAGUGUCGUUGCACUGAUUCAUCAAAAUCCAGACCUAAUGUGAUAUCAGAAAAAAAAAAAAUGCAAACAGUUUUAUCUUCUGCUAAUUACCGGUAAAUUAAUAUAAUUUUUUUUU